AUGCCCUCCACAAUUAGGAUCCUCCUCGCCGCCCUCCCCUUCCUCUUCGCAGCCACAGCCCAAGACAUCAACGUAGGCAACGGCAUCAGCUGCAUCGGCGACAAUGCCUGCUGCGGCGGCACCCUUCGCAGCGACGGGAACGACAUCAGCGGUGCAGUCUGCUGCCCGCAAGACCCCAGUGGGAGCCAGAUCGAAGGAGAAGGCACGACCUGUGCAACGGGAACCGGUGUUCCCUUGACGGCCGGCGUCACGAUCACCGCCGACUCUGCUGCUGCGACGGGCGCGGCGGGUUCUUCUUCUGAUAUGGCCACCAGCGCUACGACAUCUGCGGAACAAUCGUCCGCUUCUGCUUCUUCAUCAGCGUCGUCUGCUGCGUCAUCUGCUUCUGCUGCAACGACUUCCUCAGGCAGCGGAGCAGCCAAGACCAUGGCAGCGAUGGCACCGGCGGCUUUUGGGAUGGGAGCGAUGGCCGUUGUGUUUGCAGGCAUGUAA